UUAUUUCCUCCUAUUUUGUUGUAAACCAUUGACUUGCCAAAGCAUUUAUGACCCAGCUUUUGGAGUCCUUUACUCUGUCAGUUUCUAGGAAGUAUACCAAAGGCCUUACCAAAAUUUAUCAAAUUACUGUUAAUAAAACUGAUUCCUUCACUCUAGAGGAAACUUCUUUAACCCAGCAGGCUCGAAAAGGAUUGAGAAAAUUAAAAUAUUGUUCAUCUCAAUAGCUUUUCCCAUAACAUAUAUUUUGACGUUUAGAAAUCUUAUGCACUUUUGUUUUUUUGGUCAAAAUUUCGAGUUGCAGAUUUCAGUUGUUCCACUGAAGGACAGUGUCCACUGUGUAACUCAAUAAGACACUCUUCACUGUCAAAGUAGUUAGCCUAAUCAGAUAUUCUACCCAAAAAGUCCUAACUUUCUUUACCAAUCCAAAUAAACCUAGUAAUACGUGUGUCUCUGUGAUAGCAAGCUCACUUCGAAGACAGAGCACAGAAUGAAGCCUUAGUGUGCGUCUGUCUUUUCAUAAUAGAUUUCAACAAUGUCACUUUCAUUGUUUCUUACUGACAUUCUCUCUUCUUGGCUCUAAGAGGACUCUCCAUUCUUAGUCUAAAUAAUAAGUUUUUCUUUCACUUUCAUUAGGAGAAGGAACUUUUCUGUUCCCAGAAUACCUUUCGCUGAAGCAAUUCCUAAAGGGGUGUGUCUUAUGGUGCAAGAUUGCUGAAAGUCCCGGAAUUGAAUUACACAACCAUAUUCUGAGACAGUCACAGGAUUUGUUUUUUGUUUUUUUUUUUAAUUCCUACUUCCUGAAACUGAUGCCAUUUAUGAGAAACAGUGUAUUUCAAAGAGGCUGUACCAGAAUUCACUCUGCUCCGAGUUAGAUUUGCUGGUCUUAAAGUAUUUUUCCUCUUCAAGAUAAAAACAGGGUCUCGCUCUGCUGCCCUGGCUGGAGUGCAGUGAUGUGAUUGUGAUCAUGGCUCACUGCAAGUUCUACCUGCAGACUAGGCUCACAUUUUAGAGCCUGAGUGAGCUAUCGAUUCAUAGAUGCAUUUUCACCCCAUAUCCUCCCAUCAUCCAAUUCCAGUGUCUUUGAGGACAACUGAACCUUCACUCGAUGACCUCCUUCACUCAAAAAGUUCUUCUAAAUCAGGAAUGGAUUGAAAUCCAAUGAACUCAAACUUUGGAUUGCACAUCCUCGGACUCAACCAACCAUGGAUUGAAAAUAUUUGAAUAAAGAGAUAAGCAGAAAAUGGUGGAUAGGAGGCCGGACUAACUUGCAGCUCCCACUCAGAUGGACAGAACAGCAUGCAGAGACCCACACUGUGAACUUUUACUCCAAGAACCACCACAGGAACAUACCAAGAAAGCCCAGAGAAUCCACAGACCCUUUGAAGGAGGUGGAUUGCCGCUGCAGGCUCUGUGAGACAGCCGAGGAACUGUACUUCGGCCUUCAAGGGGCUCCUUUAUUGAGAAUCAAUGUCUUCUCCUAGGUAAUUGAUCACCCUAGACCCAGGGACUCCCAAUUCAUAGUAAUCAUCAUGAAUAAUCAAAAAGCGGUAGCCGCGCUACUGCAAGAGUGCAAGCAAGUGCUGGACCAGCUCUUGUUGGAAGGGCCAGAUGUGUCGGAAGAGGACAAGAGCGAGGACCAGCGCUGCAGAGCUUCUUGUGCCUGUCAGCCUGAGAUCACUCUCACAGAUGUCAGCCUUUGUCGGGGAAUGGCAGCUUCACUCCCCGGCGAGUUAAGGACCCUGAUCCAGGAGGCAAAGGAAAUGAAGUGGCCCUUCGUGCCUGAAAAGUGGCAGUACAAACAAGCUGUGGGCCCAGAGGACAAAACAAACCUGAAGGAUGUGAUUGGCGCCAGGUUGCAGCAGUUACUGGCGUCCCUGAGGGCCUCCAUCCUCGCUCGGGACUGUGCGGCUGCGGCAGCUAUUGUGUUCUUGGUGGACCGGUUCCUGUAUGGGCUCGACGUCUCUGGAAAACUUCUGCAGGUCGCCAAAGGUCUCCACAAGUUGCAGCCAACCACGCCAAUUGCCCCGCAGGUGGUUAUUCGCCAAGCCCGAAUCUCCAUGAACUCAGGAAAACUUUUAAAAGCAGAGUAUAUUCUGAGCAGUCUAAUAAGCAACAAUGGAGCAACGGGUACCUGGCUGUACAGAAAUGAAAGUGACAAGGUCCUGGUGCAGUCGGUCUGUAUACAGAUCAGAGGGCAGAUUCUGCAAAAGCUAGGGAUGUGGUAUGAAGCAGCAGAGUUAAUAUGGGCCUCCAUCGUAGGAUAUUUGUCACUUCCUCAGCCGGAUAAAAAGGGCCUCUCCACGUCAUUAGGUAUACUGGCAGACAUCUUUGUUUCCAUGAGCAAGAAUGAUUAUGAAAAGUUUAAAAACAAUCCACAAAUUAAUUUGAGCCUGCUGAAGGAGUUUGACCACCAUGUGCUGUCCGCCGCAGAAGCCUGCAAGCUGGCAGCUGCCUUCAGUGCCUACACGCCACUCUUCGUGCUCACAGCUGUGAAUAUCCGUGGCACGUGCUUAUUGUCAUAUAGUAGUUCAAAUGACUGUCCUCCAGAAAUGAAAAACUUUUAUCUGUGUGAAGCCAAAGAGGCCUUUGAGAUUGGCCUUCUCACCAAGAGAGAUGAUGAGCCUGUUACUGGAAAACAGGAGCUUCACAGCUUUGUCAAAGCUGCUUUUGGUCUCACCACAGUGCACAGAAGGCUCCAUGGGGAGACAGGGACAGUCCAUGCAGCAAUUCAGCUCUGUAAGGAAGCGAUGGGGAAGCUGUACAAUUUCAGCACUUCCUCCAGAAGUCAGGACAGAGAAGGCCUGUCUCAAGAAAUUAUGUCUGUGAUUGCCCAGGUGAAGGAACAUUUACAAGUUCAAAGCUUCUCAAAUUUAGAUGACAGAUCUUAUGUUCCAGAGAGUUUCAAGUGCAGGUUGGAUAAACUUAUCUUGCAUGGGCAAGUGGAUUUCCAAAAAAUCCUUGACACCUAUUCACAGCACCAUACUUCGGUGUGUGAAGUAUUUGAAAGUGAUUGUGGAAACAACAAAAAUGAACAGAAAGGUGCAAAAACAGGAGUCUGUAUCACUGCUCUAAAAACAGAAACAAAAAACAUAGAUACUGUGAGUACUACUCAAGAAAAGCCACAUUGUCAAAGAGACACAGGAAUAUCUUCCUCUCUAAUGGCUAAGAAUGUUCAGAGGGAACUCAGAAGGGGAGGAAGGAGAAACUGGACCCAUUCUGACGUAUUUCGAGUCUCCUUGGAUCAAGAUGUAGAGACUGAGACUGAGCCAUCGGACUACAGCAAUGGUGGGGGAGCUGUUUUCAACAAGUCUCUGAGUGGCAGCCAGAGCUCCAGUGCUUGGAGCAACUUAUCAGGGUUUAGUUCCUCUGCAAGCUGGGAGGAAGUGAAUUAUCAUGUUGAUGACAGGUCAGCCAGAAAAGAGCCUGGCAAAGAACAUCUGGUGGACACUCAGUGUUCCACUGCCUUGUCUGAGGAGCUAGAGAAUGACAGGGAAGGCAGAGCCGUGCAUUCAUUGUGUUCAGAGCUUCAGGAUCUCUCUCUUCAGGAACCCAAAGAUGACAAUGCAGAGCCUUCUCAAAAUCAGCCGCAUGAACAGUUGCCCUUGACACCCUUCCCUCCUCAUAAUAUCCCAGGUACUUUCUUGGCCCCUGGUGCAGGGCUUCUAGAAGGAGCUCCAGAAGGUAUCCAGGAAGUCAGAAAUAUGGCACCCAGAAAUACUUCUGCUCACUCCAGACCCUCAUAUGGUUCUGCUUCUUGGUCUUCUGAUUCUGGUAGGCCCAAGAAUAUGGGCACACAUCCUUCAGUCCAAGAUAAAGAAGCCUUUGAAAUAAUUGAUGAGUUUCCAGAAACCAACUGUGAUGCGAAAGACAGGCAGGAGAAAGAGCAGGGAGAAGAAAUCGGUACAAGAGGCACAGGCCCUACAUUUAAAGCUAGUCCCUCCUGGGUUGACCCAGAAGGAGAAACAGCAGAAAGCACUGAAGAUGUACCCUUAGACUUUCACAGGGUCAUGCACAAUUCUCUGGGAAACAUUUCCAUGCUGCCAUAUAGCUCCUUCACCCCUAAUCGGCCUGUUCAAAAUUCUGACUCCAGAAAAAGUGGUGGUUCAGUCGCAGAGCAGGGCAUCGACCCUGAUGCCUCCACGGUGGAUGAGGAGGGGCAACUGCUCGACAGCACGGAUGUCCCCUGUACAAAUGGGCUUGGCUCUCACAGACUGUGCACUCUGAGAGAGCUGCCUGGUCAGAGGGCUAAGACCCCCAAUUCCUCUGUAAGCAGUAACAUCCUCUUCCCUGUCCUCAGCGAGGACUGCACUACCACAGAGGAAGGAAAUGAGCCUGGAAACGUGCCAAAUUACAGCCAGAACUCCAGUUCAUCCUCAGCGUGGUGGCUGAAAUCACCUGUGUUUUCCAGCGGUUCUUCUGAGGGGGACAGUCCUUGGUCCUAUCUGAAUUCCAGUGGGAGUUCUUGGGUUUCAUUGCCGGGAAAGACAAGGCAAGAGAUCCUUGAGGCUCGCACCUUGCAACCUGAUGACUUUGAAAAGCUCUUGGCAGGAGUGAGGCAUGAUUGGCUGUUUCAGAGACUAGAGAAUACGGGGAUUUUUAAGCCCAGCCAACUCCACCGAGCACAUACUGCUCUUUUGUUAAAAUAUUCAAAAAAAUCUGAAUUGUGGACAGCCCAGGAAACUGCUGUCUAUUUGGGGGACUACUUGACUGUGAAGAAAAAAGGCAGACAAAGAAAUGCUUUUUGGGUUCAUCAUCUUCAUCAAGAAGAAAUUCUGGGCAGGUAUGUUGGGAAAGACUAUAAGGAGCAGAAGGGGCUCUGGCACCACUUUACUGAUGUAGAGCGGCAGAUGACCGCACAGCACUAUGUGACAGAAUUUAACAAGAGACUCUACGAACAAAACAUUCCCACACAGAUAUUCUACAUCCCAUCCACAAUAUUACUGAUUUUAGAGGACAAGACAAUAAAGGGAUGUAUCAGUGUGGAACCUUACAUACUGGGAGAAUUUGUAAAAUUGUCAAAUAAUACGAAAGUGGUGAAAACAGAAUACAAAGCCACAGAAUAUGGCUUGGCCUAUGGCCAUUUUUCUUAUGAGUUUUCUAAUCAUAGAGAUGUUGUGGUCGAUUUACAAGGUUGGGUAACCGGCAAUGGAAAAGGACUCAUCUACCUCACAGAUCCCCAGAUUCACUCUGUUGAUCAGAAAGAUGUCACUACCAAUUUUGGAAAGAGAGGAAUUUUUUACUUCUUUAAUAACCAGCAUGUGGAAUGUAAUGAAAUCUGCCAUCGUCUUUCUUUGACUAGACCUUCAAUGGAGAAACCAUAUAAGUCAUAGGCUGUAUGGAUUGGUAAUGUGACAGACCUUAGUUAUGCUCUCAAAUAUCUGGUUCUCUCCUUCCAGGCACAUAGAAUAUGGCACAGUCUGGUCCUUUGGGGCUUGGGCAGGGCUGUGACACAGGUUCUGGUCAAUGAUUUGUGAGAGGAAUUGAUCAGUAUCACUUUAAGUCCUGCAUUUAAUCAGCAGCACGAGAUCCUGCAGAGCCUCUUUCCCUCUGCCACAGUUACCAAGAAUGUGUCAGGAGACUGCUGCUUCUGGGCAUAAGUCCUGCAAGGAAAGCAACAUGGAAAACAGCCCCAACUCACCCAUAAGGGAUGCAAAGCACUGCUGAGAAAGGCAUGUGUUGUUUAAGCCAUUGAGAUGUUAGAGCUUUUUGUCACUAUCUAUCAAGACUGAUGCUACUGGGGCUUUUCCUAUUGAUUUGGAAGUUCUUCACAUAUUAAAAAAAUGUGAGCCUUUGUGAUACAAAUUCAA